CUAGACAUCUUCCCCUUCUGAACUUUAUCAUUCUAGAAUCAAUUGGCACACAAACAUGGAUCCCCGCAAACAAACCUGGUUCAUCACAGGCUGUUCCAGCGGAUUCGGCGAGCAAUUCGUGCGACAGCUACGGGCAUUAGGCGACAACGUCAUUGCAACCGGUCGCAACGCGGAGACCAAGCUUGCACACCUGAAGGACACGGGCGCCACGAUUCUCGAGCUCGACGUCACAGCCCCUCAAGCCGAACUGGACGCGAAAUUUCAGCAGGCGGUGGAUAUUUACGGCGGAGUCGACGUGCUGGUCAACAAUGCAGGAUACAUCCAGUGCGGCGCGAUAGAGGAAAUGACACCAGAAGACAUGGAACGAUGCUUCGCCACCAACUUCCACGGCCCUAUCAAUCUGACGCGCGCGGCGCUGCCGCACUUCCGCAGCAAGGGCGAGAAGGGCGAGGGACGGAUCAUCUACAUGGGCUCGCAGGCAGGGUUCUACGGCGAGCCAGCAGCGGCAGCGUACUGCGCGAGCAAGCAUGCGCUGGAAGGCGCCGUAGAAAGCCUGUCCAAAGAACUCGCGCUCUUCGCGCCAGGCAUCAAGCCGCUGAUCAUCGAAGCCGGCAUCCACAGUACAGAGGUAAUGGACAAGAUCAACCACGUGCCGAACCGGGUGGAGUUCUGGCGGCCGCUGAACGAGGCGGUGCGCGCGCGCGGCGCGGAGAACUACCGCAACGAGCCCGGAAACGCGGUCGAGCUUAUCGCCAAGGUGAUUCAGUUGGCCAAGGGAGUUGGCAUCGCAGAGGGGAAAGAAGUUCCGUUGCGUGUGCCGUUUGGUAGUGAAUGCCUCGAUAUUCUGCGGGAGAAGAUCCGGGCGCUAACGAUGAUGGUCGAGGAGUGGGAGGAGGUGGCGAGGAGUACGGAUUUUCCGGACAGGCAGGGGCCACCGCCCGCUUUGCCUUCUUGA